AUGUCCUCGUUGAUGCCAAUCCAACAUUUCACCCAUGUCCAUCCAUUAACCAAGGUUGACGGAUAUGGCGAGUUCACAUGCAAUGGCUGCAACACCUACGGCUUUGGGGAGACCUACCGUUGUGUCUCAUGCGACUACGAUCUCCACGAUCACUGUGCCACGUGUCCCCCUACCCUCCUCAGCUUUAUGCAUCCACAGCACCAGCUCCGGCUAGUCUUCAGAAGACCAGACCAGGGGCUCCAAAUCAGACGUAUGUGCGAUAUCUGUGACGAAUCAGUUGAGGGGCUCUAUUACCAUUGCGAGCCUUGCGACUUUGACAUCCACCCACUCUGCACGCGGCUGCCUCAGCACGUGACGUAUGUGCCUCACCCGGCCCAUCACUUAGAGCUGAGCCACUCUGGAGCUAGCAACACAUGUGAGGUUUGCCUCCGUACAAUCCAGUCCUGGCGGUACAAGUGUGGUCAAUGCAGGUUAGAUGUUCACAUGGAAUGCGUUACGUCAUCUGCAUCAGCAGGGGCGGCAACUCAGAAACCGCAGUUUGACCAUUCUCAGUUUUACAAUCACGGAUAUACAAAUCAAGGUCAGGUUCAACGGUUGAGUCCGAGUAUAGGAAGAAGAAUGUUUGCCCUUCUGACGACUCUAUCGAUUGGUGUUGUCUGCAAUAUGAUAUGUGAUCCAGCCACUAAAUUCCUAACCGACAUCUUUUGA